AUGUUGCAAAAGCUUACCAGCGUCAGAUUUUCCUAUGGCCAACAUGAACCAAGUGCAGUGUUCGAUCUGCGGCGGCUACUAGGACAACUUAUCUCCACUGUGGCUUAUUGCAACCUGGAUGCUACACUACUUGUAGGCUCCAACAACCAACCCAAUAGCACAACCAACCGUCCCGCCAUCCUUCCGGCGUCCCACUGGAGAUCGAUUCCGGUAGAUGACAACAAUGAUGCCGAUUCCCACCUGAGCGAAAGCGGAAGCAAUGCCAGCAGCACCACAUCACUUCGUGAGAGUCUCCUUGAAUACCGCAAACUCUUCGGCCGAACAUAUCACCAUGAACUUGGCCAAGCCGAGUCUUGGCUCCCAAAUGAUGAGAAACAUGCUGCAAGCAUGGAACUAGCUCACUAUGCUGCUAUCUUAAUGACCGAUAGCAAGCUCUUCUUAGCGCCGUUAGACACGAACAAGUCUCUCAAAGUCCUUGAUCUUGGUACCGGCACAGGUCACUGGGCAAUUGACUUUGCUGACCAAUACCCCUCCGCUGAUGACUGGUCCUGGCCCGACAACACCUUCGAUUUCAUCUACGUGCGUUUCUUGACCGGGUGCAUCCUCGACUGGGGACACUUUUACCGCGAGGCCUUCCGUUGCCUUAAGCCCGGCGGGUGGCUUGAGCAUUUCGAAAUUGGCAUCAGUUGGCAAAGCGAGAACCCCGGCGGGAUCACACCGGAGAGCCCGAUUGGCCAGAUGGUGCAGUUGUUUACAGAGGCGGGGGAGAAGACAGGGAGGACCUUCAGAAUCGUAGAUGAUGGGCUGCAGACGAAGUACAUGAAAGAGACAGGCUUUGUGGAGCUGGGGGAGAGGGAUAUACACGUGCCGCAUGGUGCAUGGAUGGAGGAUGCGACAAUGAAGCAAGUGGGUAUUAUUCUGGGGGAGGCAUUGCUUGAGGAUUUGGAAGGAUACACAAUGUACGUCUUCACGGCUAUUAAUGGCUGGGCAGAGGAGGGAGCUCGGGCCUUAACAGCGCAUAUCCGCUCACAUUUUAAGAGGCCUGGCCUGCAGGCUUGGGUCCCCCGCAAGGUUGUCUGGGCCAAGAAACCUGAAUGA